AUGUACAUUCUCGGUUGGGAAAUCGAUGUUGGUCACAUGGAAGCUGUAAAUCUUAUUUCAAGUCAAAAAUAUAGUGAAAAGCAGAUUGGCUAUUUGGCUGUAACACUUUUAUUUCACGAAAAUAGUGACUUAUUACGACUUGUUGUAAACUCGAUAAAAAAGGACUUGGACGAUUUGAAUGAGAUUAAUAAUUGUUUAGCAUUGCAUGCUAUUGCCAAUAUUGGUGGGAGAGAAAUGGCGGAAAGUCUUGCUUUGGAUGUACAUCGUCUGUUAAUUUCGCCAACUUCAAAGAGUUUUGUGAAAAAGAAAGCUGCAUUGACUUUAUUACGUUUAUUUCGUAAAUAUCCAGAUGUUAUACCUGUUACUGACUGGGCUGAAAGAAUCAUUUCUUUAAUGGAUGAAUACGAUUUGGGUGUUGCUCUUAGUGUUACCACAUUAGUUCUUGCAUUAGCUCAAAGCUUUCCAGUCGAAUACAGUGGAUGCUAUGAGAAAGCUGUUAAUCGUUUGAAGAAGAUUUUGAUUGAACGAGAUUAUAGCUUAGACUAUAUUUAUUACAAAGUUCCUAUUCCAUGGCUACAAGUCAAAUGCCUUCGUCUUUUGCAAUACUAUCCUCCACCUGAUGAUCCAAAGUUACGUGCUGAUAUUAGUGAACUUUUGCAAAUUAUAAUUACGGAUUCACAAGAUACACCUAAAAAUGUGCAACAUAGUAAUGCUCAGAAUGCAGUUUUAUUUGAAGCUAUCAAUCUUGCCAUUCAUCUUGAUAGUAAUUCUAGUAUUUGUGCUCAAGCUGCAGCACUUUUGGGACGCUUUAUUUCCAGCAAAGAAACUAAUGUUAGAUACCUUGGCUUAGAAACAAUGGCACAUUUAGCAGCUUGUGUUGAUUCUCUUGAACCUAUCAAGAGACAUCAAGAAACGAUUUUAAUGUCACUUCGUGAUAAAGAUAUCAGUGUUCGUCGACGUGGUCUAGAUUUAUUAUAUUCUAUGUGUGAUACAUCAAAUGCUAAAAUAGUGGUUUCUGAACUAUUAAGAUAUCUUCAAAUCGCUGAUUAUGCCUUAAGAGAGGAGAUGGUUUUGAAAAUUGCUAUUUUAGCUGAGAAAUUUGCAUCCACUUAUUCAUGGUAUGUAGACAUUAUAUUACAAUUAAUUUCAACCGCAGGUGAUCAAGUGGGUGAGGAAGUAUGGUUUCGGGUAGUUCAAAUUGUGACAAAUAAUGAAGAAUUACAAGAAUAUGCUGCAAAGACAGUUUUAAAUUAUCUGGGUACACCUCAGUAUAAUGAAACAAUGGUGAAAGUCGGUGGUUAUAUCCUUGGUGAGUUUGGACAUUUAAUUGCAAAUCUUCCUAAAUGUAGUCCUAUCGAACAAUUUACUGCCGUUCAUGCAAAGUUUAAUUCUUGUUCACUUUUAACACGUGCUUUGCUCUUAACAACCUAUGUUAAAUUUGUUAAUCUCUUCCCUGAAAUUAAAGGGCAAAUUCUGCCUGUUUUAAAUCAAUAUCGAUAUGUUCUAGAUGCUGAGCUUCAACAACGUGCCUGUGAAUAUUUCUCUAUUUCUACUAUGCCUACAGAGGAUAUGCUUCAGACUGUGUGUGAGGAGAUGCCUCCAUUCCCUGAAAGAGAAUCAACUCUAUUGCUUAAAUUAAAUCAAAAGCAAGGCGACACAGAAGAUAAACGUGUAUGGUUAAUUGGUGGUCGUGAAGCAAAUAUUGAACGUCAAGACACUCUUAAACGUAUGGUAUCUGUUCGUUCAAGUUCAACUGAUAAUCUUCACAGUACAACGAAUAGUAUACCGCAUUCUAAUGUACCUAUGCGUUCUAAUACUAUGCCUCCCUCUACAUCAACAGUAUCCCAAUUUCAACAAGAUAUAUCUAAUGAGCCAGAUUUAUUAAAUUUCAAUGAUCUUUCAUUAAAUCAUCAAAGUCCUUCUAAACCUUUGCAGGUAUCAAACAUUAAUACAAAUACCCCUUUAGCUCCUGGUUAUGAGCUUGGAUAUAAUUUUCUUCUAUAUAAUACAGAAGGUGUCUUAUAUGAAGAUUCGCAAAUGCAAGUAUCCGUUAAAUCUGAAUAUCAUGGUUCAUUGGGCCGACUUGCUUUGUAUUUAACUAACAAAACUCAAUAUGUUCUGACUGAGAUUAACUUGAUGGUUAUGUCUGUAGAAGGGGUAAAUACUACUUUGUUACCUUCUGAAGAUAGCAAGAUGGUUUCUGCCGGAGCACAAAUACAACGUCUUAUUACAGUUGAAUGCAAUAACAUUUUUGUGAAUUCCCCCGAGAUUUUCAUUUCUUAUACAGUUGGACCUGAAACUCAAGUGCUUCAUUUGAAACUACCUAUAGUAUUAACUAAAUUUCAAGAGCCAAUAACUAACAUGGAUGGUGUAAACUUCUUCAAGCGAUGGAAUCAAAUUGGUGGACCUCCUCGUGAAAACCAGGUCAUUUUUACUAGUGAAAGGCCUAUAGAUCUUUUAAAAACUACGGCUAUGAUGCAAGGAUUUAGCAUUGGUCUUUUAAGUGGUGUGGAUCCUAAUCCCAACAAUUUUGUUGGAGCUGGUAUUGUAGAUGCUGGUAAACAAGGAGGAAAAAUUGGUAUUUUAUUACGGCUAGAACCAAACUUGGAACAAAAUAUGUAUCGUCUCACUGUAAGAACACCUGUAGAAAGUGUAUCAUCUAUUAUUCGUAAUACUCUAGAAUAUCCACUUACUCGUGGAUCAUAA